AUGUUAUCGAGAUUCGAACACGAUAUCCUGUGGAUACGUGACGAGCAACGUAACCACUCAGUCAUGGCGGCUUUAACAUUUAGAGUUGUUUCAUUAUUUGCUGAGAAAUCAAAACUUCAAAAAUUGUCUUGGAAAGAUUUAUUUUAUAAAGCUGAAGUGAUGUCCUGGCCCGACCAAUGCAAAUUAAAAUUUUUAUCAAUAGAUCGUUGUUUCUACAGUCAAUAUUCAUUUCUUCUUCGUCAAUUACCAUGUUUAGAAACAUUUCAAGUAAAAGAUAUCGAUAUUGAUGAGAAUUCUAUGUAUUUACCUUCGUUAAAUUUCUCAUUUAAUUCACAAUUAACACAUCUAAGCAUUACAUGUUGUUCUCUAUCGACAGAACAUCUUAGAUCAUUAAUUUCAAAAACACCAAAACUAUGUGAACUCGAUUUAAUUUAUUCUGCGGAGAUGUUCAAAUCUCUGAUUAAUAUUCAUGAAUGGGAAAAAUUUGUUCGAAUGGAACUGAGUUUUCUUAAAAAAUUCCAAUUCUUCAUUUCUUAUGAAUUUGCAGAGAAUGAUACCGUUCGUCUGGAUACGGUCAUAGCGCCAUUUCGAGAUUCAUUUUGGCUCAAUGAAAAAUGUUGGUUUACUGUUUGUGAGCAAGGUCUCGGGAAAUCUAAUUCAGAUACGAUAUCACUUUUUACAAUACCAGUUACUGAACCUGCUUAUCACUCUAUUUCUCGAUAUCGAUCUCACGUACAAUAUGGGAUCUCAUCGAAAGAUAAUACUUAUUAUAUAAAUGAUCAGUCGAAAGACGAAAUUACUCUUGAAACUGUACAUAAGACAUUCCCUGUACUAGAUCUUACUUACGAUCUACGCUUAAAAAGUUCACAUUUGCAAUUUCUCGCUCAUGCACUACAAAAUAAUCAGACAACUGUCGAGCUAAAUUUAGCCGCUAAUGAAAUCAAAGCACUUGAUACACAAUAUAUCGUUGAAGCAUUAUUAAAUAAUACAACGUUGGUGACACUUUCUAUAUCAGCAAAUAAUAUCGGUGAUCAGGGAAUGUAUUGGAUUUGUAAAGCAUUAGAUACGAAUAUAACACUAGAAGAACUUGAGUUAGCAUGUAAUUAUAUUUAUGCUGAAGGAGCAAAAUAUCUUGCUGAUGCCUUACGAAAGAAUAUCGUAAUAGAAUCAGCUUCCUAUUAUUUUCGUAUGAUUCUAUCAUUCUUUUCACAGACACUUACAAAGUUCGAACUUUCUUGUAACAAAAUUGGUGCUGCUGGUGUACAUUAUAUUGCUGAAGCUUUACGACACAACACUACACUUACUAUAUUGAACCUCCAUAACAAUGAUAUUGGAAAUGAAGGAGCUAAACAUAUAGCUGAUGUGUUGAAUACAAAUCAAGCAUUGAUCGCACUUUCUAUGACAGCAAAUAACAUUGGUGAUGAUGGAAUGUCUUAUAUUUGCAAAGCAUUACAUAAGAAUAUAACAUUGAAGGAGCUGGAUCUUAAUGAAAAUAAGAUUACAGAUGAUGGAGCAAAAUCUUUAUCUGAAACAUUACAGAACAACAAUACACUCGAAAAGAUCUAUCUUAAAAAAAACAAUAUUGGUGAUGAUGGUGCUACAAAUCUUGCUAUUGCAUUGAAAACGAACACGACUGUCACAAUACUCAAUCUUGCUACCAAUAAAAUUGACAUAACUGGAGCACAAUGUUUAUAUGAUGAAUUACAGAAGAAUACAACGUUAGAAGGACUUUACUUAAGUGGUAAUCGAAUUGGCAUUGCGGGUGCAAAAUAUCUCGCUGAUGCCUUACGAGAGAAUACAACACUUAAAACGUUAUAUCUUUCUUAUAAUACAAUUGGAGUUGCGGGAGUUGAUUAUUUUAUUGAAGCUUUACGAUAUAAUCCAAUACAAUCACUCACUAAAUUAAUUUUGUAUCCUAUGUCCGAUCGUGAAUAUAUAUCGAACUCUAACGAAUUAGAAGCAAGAAGUAAUGUCAUUUCUGUAUUACGCAACAGCGCCGUAUUUUCACGUUCGGACUUCGAAGGAGACGUCUGUGGUUAUUGUGAAGUACUUAAAAUAGCCGAACGCAUACGCAAGAAUUUGACAUCAUACGAAAAGUUCGAUGAGAAAAAUAUCGGAUCUGCUGGUGCACAACAUAUUGGUGAUGCUUUGCGUUAUAAUACGAUAUUUCUCAAAUUAGAAGUCAAAAGCAAUCAAAUGACUAAUAAAACAAUUCAAUAUCUUAAUAAUAUUUUAUUGAAUAACUCUACACUUCAAACAAUAAACUUAAUAAGUAAUAAUAUAACCUCAACUGGCGCACGACAUUUAUCUGAUUUGCUUCGAAAUCAUAUUACAUUAACUACUUUCUGUUUAAUAAAUAAUCGAAUUGGUGAUGAUGGUCUAACAUAUCUUUCUCCUACUUUAAAAGAUAUUAAGACAUUAGAAAUAUUGAUUCUUUCUCGUAUUGAUAUGGGUCCAAUUGGUACAGAGAGUCUCGCUAAUGCUCUAGAAAAUAAUACAACAUUGAGUAUUCUAAGAUUAAAUAAUAAUGAAAUAGGAGUUGAAGGAAUUCAAUCUAUUAUGAUUAUAUUACAAAGAAAUAAAACAUUAGUUGAAAUUGAUUUAUCAAAUAAUGAAAUUGGCAAUGAAGGAACACGAAUUGUUGCUGAUUUUCUAUCAACAAAUAUUACACUUUUAAAAUUAAAUCUUGGUAUUAAUGAAAUUGGACUUUCAGGAGUGAAAUAUCUCGGUGAUGCUUUAGAGAAAAAUACAACAUUAACAUCAUUAUAUCUUCGAAGAAAUGACAUUGAUCAAAACGGAAUUGAAUAUUUUUCACAAUCAUUAAAACGAAAUCAAACACUUAAACAAAUUGAUGUAUCUUGUAAUCCAAUUGGACGUAUUGGAAUAGAAUAUCUUCGAGAUUUAUUAAAAUCUAAUACGACACUUAUUGAACUAAAGAUUGGUUUCAAUUAUAAGAAUUAUCAAGGAAAUCUUGUGAAUUAUACAAAUUCAUAA